AUGGAUGGAAGUACAGGUGAAAAGUCUCGCAGAGAGCGUAGAAAGGAAGCUCGCUUAGCAAAGAACAAGAAGAAGUUCGAUUCAUGGGUUCAUCAUCAAAAAUCUUCAAAAUUAAGAAAAUCCAUUCCAAAUACAACGCAUGUGAUUGCGAAGAAAUUAGAAAUUAAUGAGCCAAGCGCUGGGAUGGAAGAGAAUUUGUUAAGGGUUCCUGAUACUGGAGUUGAGGGGCCUUCACUGGCUAAAAACAAGAUGGUGAAAAGAAAAAAGUCAAAAACUACUGUAAUAGAGGGAGGGCCUUCACAGGCUAAAAAGAAGAUGGUGAAAAGUAAAAAGUCAAAGACUAACUUUGAUGAAUAUAUCGAGUGGGAAAUGAGAAGAGGUAAUAUUCCAGCUGAAGAGGAUUUGAUGUUGGAAAAGAAACUUGCGAAGAAGCUCAAGGUGAAGAAAGGGAAACUGGGGGGAAUGGACGAUGACCUUGGUGCAUUGCUUGAGGGUAUCCCUUCAGUUCUUGAUUCCAUGGAUGAGGAUGAUGCAGUGACAAACAGCUUUGAGAAUCGUGAAAAUGUCUCUGAUGAGGAAGUAGAAAGUGAAAUGGAAUCUGUCAGUGAAGUUGAAGAUUCCCAUAUGUCAGAUGCCAGCACAGAAGAGCAAUCAGAGGAGUUAACUACACAGAAAAGUGUAAGGAAUGAGAGGAAAAGGACCAGGAAAACGAACUUUGAGAAGUAUCGUGACCUGGAAGAAUCACAAAAGGGAGCUGUUGCUGCAAAUGAGGAUAUAGAAUUGGAAAAGAAGCUUGCUAAGAAGCUAAAGGUUAAAAGCGGGAAGUUUCAAGCUGACAAUGAUGGCAUGAAUGGUUUUCUUAUGGGGAUUCCUUCGGUUCUUGAAUCUUUAGAGGGCUCAGGAACCAAAGGCACUGAAUCAGAUCCUGUGAAGAACCUUGAUGGUGACUCCUUGAGAAAACUUACAACAACGGAGGCCCCCGAACAAGACCCAGCGCAAGGCACAUCCCAGACGCAGGGAACAUCAGAGCAGGCGAAGGAUGCAGGAAAGGCUCCCAAACUGGCUUCUGGAUGGGGAUCUGGUACCAAAUAUGUGGCGCCUCACCUGAGAGCUGGAGCCACGACUGAAUCAGAAGAACAUGUAAAAAUCCGCAAACGUAUUAGAGGUCUCCUGAAUAGGCUCUCUGAAUCCAAUGUUGAAUCAAUCACAGGGGAAAUAUCCACAAUAUUCCAUGGUGUCGGUCGCACUGCUGGCUUCGAGAUUAUUGGCCAUGAAGUUUUGUCUUCUUGUGCUGGAGGUCCUCGUGGCAAUGAACAAUAUGCUGCCACUUUUGCUGCUUUUGUGGCCGGAAUGGCCUGUUCGGUUGGGAUUGACUUUGGUGCAAAGCUUCUUGCUGCUUUGGCUAAAUAUUUUGAGAUGGAGUACCUUCAAGAAGAUAAUUUGUCCUUGCGAAAUCUGACUCUUCUGCUCUCCUAUCUGUACAUAUUUGGAAUUUGCACUAGUGACUUGCUGUAUGAUUUCAUGACAAUGCUUAGCAAGCGAUUGACAGAGGUUGAUGUUUCGACAAUCUUGACUAUUUUGCAAACUUGUGGGAUGAAAUUGAGGGGUGAUCAUCCUGUUGGAAUGAAGAACUUCAUUCAAAGUGUUCAGCUAAGAGUGAACGAGUUGAAGGCUCCUUCUGCUGGAGACGGCCAAGCAAAUAUGAGUGGCAAAAGAAUGGAAUUUAUGCUUGAAACUAUAUGUGAUAUCAAAAACAAUAAGAAGAAACCCAAAGAAGAAACUGUGCAGCAUACGCGGAUAAAGAAAUGGCUGCAGAAGCUAAGGGUGGAGGAUGUCUUGGUGAGAGUUAUGAAAUGGUGUAAGCUUCUUGAUCCUGAUAAGAAAGGCCAAUGGUGGUUAUCUGGUGAUGCUCAACAAUCAACUGAGAAACUGGAGGAGGUUGCUAGCAAAAUUGAUUCGGAAGUUAACGAGGCCCAAAAACUGCUGCAGCUUGCUGCUGCUCAGAGGAUGAACACAGAUGCUAGAAGGGCAAUUUUUUGUGUAAUAAUGAGUGGGGAGGACUUCAAGGAUGCUUUUACAAAACUUCUUGGUUUAGAUUUGCAGGGAAAGCAGGACAGAGAGAUCAUGCGUGUUCUUGUAGAAUGCUGCUUGCAAGAGAAAGUUUUUAACAAAUAUUACACCAUUCUUGGUUACAAGUUAUGCAAGCACAACAAAAACCACAAGUUUACUUUACAGUAUUGCCUCUGGGACCAUUACAAAGAGCUCGAAACAAUGACUUUGAUCAGGUCGAUGCAUCUUGCUAAAUUUACCGCAGAAAUGAUUGCCUCUUUUAGCCUUUCACUUGCAGUACUUAAGGUGGUAGAUCUCGGUGAUCCUGGGCAACUAACCCCAAAAAGAAUCAUGCAUUUCCGCAUGCUCUUUGAGGCCAUCUUUGGAUUUCCUGAUAAGGUUAUAUGGAAUGCAUUUUCGCGGAUUGCUGUCACCCCGGAGUAUGAAUCCCUUCGGAUUGGGAUUAAAUUUUUCGUCAGCAAAUAUGUGAUUAGUUCCCAGAACAAUUUGGAACCGAAGUAUAAAAUAGCUAAGCAAGCCCUAAAAAAUGUUAAAGGGCAACUCUUAUGA